AUCCUGACAGCCACAUCCCUCACUACCGCCCUUCCAAACGCAAAUCCAAAGCCAGUCAAACCACAAGACAUCAUCAACGCCCUAGCAGGGACCUAUACUCUUGUAAACACAAGCAGCACCCUGAACAACGUUCCCAUCCCCGACCUUGCCUAUGGAGAAGCGCCAGUGGGCAUACUCACCUACUCAAAAACCGGUUACAUGUCUGCCACCAUAACCGCGACAGAACCCGCCUUCCGCCCCAACCUAACCUUCCCCUACCAAGACAGCGAUCUCGACUCCGACUGGGCGCUCGUCGGCAAGCAUAGCAUAGGAUACGCAGGCCCGUUCCGCGUAAAUGAGGCCUUGCCCGCGAACAAGACGCACGGGCAGGUGUUCCAUGGGCCGCUGGUCGUGGCGAAUGUGCCAACGUGGACGGGGACGGAGCAGAAGAGAAAUUAUACAGUUGUUAGGGAGGGUGGGGAGACGUUUUUGAAGAUUGGGAGUGAGAGGGGUGGGGGGUAUAGGGGGGUGUUGUGGUGGAGGAGAGUG